AUGAUAGAAAAGCGAAAUAAGGUGAAAGUUGUAAUAAAACAUCCAUUUACGCAUAAGCAGUUAGUCCUCGAAGCAUUAGAAACACCGAAUAUCAGUAAUGCUGUUGUUUGUGUACCAGCGAAAGACAUUAAGACUCAGUGUUAUAAAAAUAAAAUACACUUAGCUGAUAAAAGCUUUCGUGAUAAACAUUUGCAACUUUCGCUUUUGAUAGGCAGUGAUUAUUAUUGGAAGGUGGUUACAGGGAAAAUUCAAAGAUUGUCAGGAACUUUAGUUGCAUGUGAAACAAUACUCGGUUGGACAGUUAACGGUUCCAGUGCUAUGCCAAAUCAGAUGAUAACUCAAUCUUCCGCUAACGUUAUGAAAAUCGCUGUAGAUACAAUAGAGAGUAAUUCCGAUAUUGAGUCAAAUUUGAUUUUAAGAAACUUUUGGGAGUUAGAAUCUCUAGGGAUUAAAAAUGAUGUAGGAGCCAAGGAAAGAGAAAACGAAGUAUUAAAUAAGUUUAAUGAAUCCAUUUGUUUGAAAGACAAUCGAUAUGAAGUAAAACUUCCCUUUAAUGAAAGAGUCGAAGAAUUAGAAGAUAACUAUGAGAUAGCCUUUAAUAGAAUGAAUAGUUUAACUAGGAAAUUUAGAAAAAAUCCAGAAUUUCAUAAAAGGUAUCAAACAAUUAUCGAAGAGUAUCUCGAAAAGGGAAUAGCAGAGGAAGUUACAGACAAUACUGAGAAAAGACUGUAUUAUCUCCCUCAUCAAGGCGUACUUAGAGAGGAUAAAGUUACAACUAAAUUACGUGUGGUAUUCGACGCCUCGUCGCAUGCUAAGGGUGUACCGUCUCUAAAUGACUGUUUGUUUUCGGGUCCAAAUCUCAAUCCUGAUUUGUUGGGAAUAUUAAUUAAUUUCAGAAUGCAUAAAGUCGCAAUAUCGGCUGACAUUGAGCAGGCUUUUACCCAAAUAUUGAUUUCAAAAGCAGAGAGAGACGCAGUUAGAUUUCUCUGGAUUAAAGGUCAAAUAGGAGAACAAAAAGAAUAUAAGAUUUUGCGAAUGACUCGUGUGAUUUUUGGAGCAACCUCGAGUCCCUUUUUGUUAGCAGCAACCCUUAAGCAUCAUGCUCAAAGAAAUAAAGAAGAAUUUCCGAAAAUAAGUGAAUUAAUUGAAAACCGUAUGUACGUCGAUGACCUCAUAUGUGGAACUGAUAGUGAAAUAGAGGCCAUUGAAAUACGGAGAGACAUGAAAACGGUUAUGCAGAAAGGUAGUUUCAAUUUGAGGAAGUGGAAAACAAACUCAUCUUGUUUGCAGCAAAAGUGGGAUCUGGAAGAAACCGCAGAACUUAAAUCUUCAUCAGGUUGCUGCAAGAUUUUAGGUUAUAUUUGGGACAAUAGAAACGAUUUAAUAAGAAUUCCAAUCCCAGAACUCAACAUAUUGGACUCUAAUCAGGAAAUCACUAAGAGAAUGAUGCUACAAAUAAUUGGUAGGGUAUACGACCCAAUCGGAUUAAUUAACCCAUUUACUGUUACUUCUAAAAUCCUUAUGCAAGAAUGUUGGAGAGCCGGAUUAGAAUGGGAUGAUCCCUUACCAUUAGAUAUUCAGAGCCAGUUUAAAAGAUGGUGUGAAGAUUUAGUUAAUUUAAACGAUAUCGAAAUUGAUAGGUACUAUUUUGGAAAUGCCAGUUUUAGUGAGAUAUCUAACAUUCAACUCCAUUGUUUUUGUGACAGCAGUAUGAAAGCUUAUGGGGCAGUUAUCUAUCUGAGAUACAUUACAUCAAACGAAAUAAAAACAUCAUUCGUUAUAUCUAAAUCACGUGUGUCACCAUUGAAAAAAAUGACCUUGCCUCGCUUAGAGUUAAUGGGAGCUGUAAUAGGGAGUAGACUCACUAAGUAUAUCAUGCACAAAAUAAACUGUAAAAUACGCGAAUGCUUUUAUUGGACUGACUCCACCAUUGUCCUUCAUUGGGUGAAAGGGGAUCCUCAUAAAUGGAAACAGUUUGUCAGUAACAGAGUCACGGAGAUCCAGGAAAUAACUGACCCUUCAUCUUGGAAUUUUUGCCCAGGGCAGGAAAAUCCGGCGGAUUUUCAAACUAGAGGAUGCAGCGCUAAGGAUUUAGUUUCAAAUAAAAGGAUUUGGAACGGACCACAAUGGCUAGCUUUAAGUGAAGAAAAAUGGCCCAAAGACAAAGGAAAUUUCAAAGGAGAAAAUAUUGACAAAGAAAAAAAAUCGGAUCAUAUUGCAGUAAAUUAUGUAAGCAAUGACAAGAUAAAAAAUCCAAUGUUCGAUAUUGAGAAAAUCAGUUCUCUUACAAGAGUUUUUCGAAUAACAGCUUGGAUAAAAAGAUUUCUGAAUAAUUUAAAAUUGAAGAAAGAUGAUCGAAUCAAAGAUGAAUUGACUGCCGAGGAAAUUGAAGAUGCAGAAAAAACUUGGAUUAAAUAUGUACAGGCAGAAAUGUUUUCGUCAGAAAUUAAUUGCAUAAAAGGAAAUAGAUGUUUAAAUAAGGAAUCAAGUAUUAAAGACCUCAAUCCUUUUAUAGACAAUGAAGAAAUAAUUCGUGUAGGAGGUAGGCUACAGAAAGCAAGUUUUACCUUUGAUGAAAAACAUCCAGUAAUUCUUCCAAGAAAACAUAAGUUCACUGAAUUGGUUGUUUGGAGAGCACAUGAAAAAUUAUUUCAUUCUGGCGUUGCAGAAACUCUUACUCAAAUUCGACAACGGUUCUGGAUUGUAAAAGCAAAACAGUGCAUUAAAGCUACAUUGAACAGAUGUGUCAUAUGCAAACGGUUCAGUUCAAGACCUGGCACUCAACCGAUGGCUCCUCUUCCAGAAUUUCGAAUAGAACAAUCACAUCCUUUCAACGCUACAGGCUUAGACUUUGCCGGGCCUCUUUACAUCAAAAACAGCGAUGUAAAGCAUUACAUUUUACUGUUCACUUGUGCGGCCACAAGAGCUGUGCAUUUGGAGCUUGUGAACAGUUUGACUACAGAAAACUUUUUAUUAGCCUUUAGAAGAUUUAUUGCAAGAAGAGGAUUGUGCUCAGUGAUGUACUCAGACAAUGCUAAAACCUUUAAAAGGGCUGAGCUUGAUUUGAAAAACAUUUGGAAAACUAUCAAUCACCCAGAUGUUAAAAAAUUCUACGCUCUCCAUGGAAUUACAUGGAGAUAUAUUGUAGAAAAGGCCGCUUGGUGGGGUGGUUUUUACGAAAGACUAAUUCGAUCGGUGAAAACUGCAUUGAGAAAGACUAUAGGAAAAACUUCGCUAACUUUUGACGAACUAGAAACUUUGCUGGUGGAAACAGAAGCUAUUCUGAACUCACGUCCAAUAACUUAUAUUGGGACUGAUGCUGAGGAACUAUGUGCGUUGACUCCUGCACACUUCCUUAUAGGGAAAAGAAUUACUUGUUUACCAUCAGUCAAGCUUAACCUUGAUACGAAUUUCUCUUCCAGGAAAACUUUAAUUAAAGCUCAUAAUUAUCGUGAGAGAUUAAUGAAAUCCUUUUGGUCAAGGUGGAAAAAUGAGUAUCUCCUAAAUUUAAGAUCAGCACAUUUAAGUUUAAUUAAAAAUAAUGUACCUAACUUUAACGUUAACGAUAUAGUUAUAAUUAAGGAUGAUUUUCUACCACGCAAUUUUUGGAAACUUGGUAAAAUUUUGGAAUUGUUUCCUGGAAGAGACGGCAAGGUUAGAGCAUGCAAAGUGAAAACUGAUACAUCAGUUAUUAAACGUCCAGUUCAACUUCUAUAUAAUUUGGAACUUUAA